AUGGAUGACAUUGGACUCGGUCGAGGGAAAGGCCCGCUGACCAAUGAAGUUAAAUCACCUAGGUUUGAGGGUGAAGGUGAGGCCAGGUUAGAGUGCCAAGGGAUUCUCGAGUUAGAGAGCAGAGGGUCACCCAGGUUUGAGGGUGAAGGUGAGGCCAGGUUAGAUGGCCAGGGGAUGCUCAGGUUAGAGAGCAGGGAAUCACCCAGGUUUAAGGGUGAAGGUGAGGCCAGGUUUGAGUGCCUAGGGAUGCUCAGGUUAGAGAGCAGCGGGUCACCCAGGUUUGAGGGUGAAGGUGAGGCCAGGUUAGAGUGCCAAGGGAUGCUCAGGUUAGAGAGCAAAGGUGAUUCUGGUUAUGCUCUAAGGGAGCAUAUGAUGACACCUGUACAUAAUGCUGUUGAGAACUCUCCAGAGGGAAGGUACAAUUACCUCCAAAAACGUGCACGCUGCACCAUAGAACGCACAUUUGGUGUAUUGAAGGGUCGAUGGAGAUGUCUUUUGGCAGCUAGGGAACUCCAUUACUGCCCAGAAACAGCAGGUAAAAUUAUAUUAGCCUGCUGUGUUUUACACAACAUGUGUAUAAGGGCUGGUAUUGAAGGUCCCGAGUUGACUGAAGAGGAACACCAAUCGGAGAGAACCAGGCAGGUUCCCUUUGAAACGGCCGCAUCUUCUACUCAAGCUCUACAGGCAGGUCGAAGGGCAAGGAAUUCAUUAAUACAAAUGUUAGAAAGGAACCGGAGAUAA